AUGUCCGGUCGAUACGAGUUAGUGGUUUCUUUUUUGUCACCUGGCUAUGCUCAAGUAAGAACUGCAAGCGAAGAUACUUCAUCACCAGAAUGCAUUCUUAUCCUACAGAGGAAGCCUGGUAAGGUAGCACCGAGUGCAAACGAUUUUAAAACGCGUUGGUUGAACGAAUUUCACAUGAUGGACAACCACGAAAAUAACAUGCAUUGCGCGCGACGUUCACUAAGCUGUUUCCGAACCCUGAUUUAG